ACGGCGCGGCGCGGCGCGAAGCCACAGCUGAUUUCACAUGUGGCUGACGUCUGACCGCGGCGCCGCGCGCUCGCCUAGUGCUCUGUUGUGAAAAUGCCGGUAACUUAGCCGGCACUGUUACUAAACAAUACCAAUGAAAUGUGUAUGUGCUGAUUAAUUGUAUCGUAUUCGCCAAGAGAAUUAACCAUAUACGGAAUAUCUUGCUGCACUUUGGCAACAAUUCAGUUUUGAUUGCGGAUGCGUACUAACAAUCCGUGAGCCAUGCGGAGCGACAUGGCGUACCGCGGGCUGUCCCAGCACGUGGAACUGGACCGGGCAGCAGAUCCUCGGGACCGGUUCACGCUGCAGGAGCUGAUCGGCGAAGGCACCUACGGCGAGGUUUACUGCGCCAGAGACAAGAAGAGCGGCAGACGAGUUGCUGUUAAGAUAUUGGAAAACAUCACAGAGAAUAUAGAAGAAAUUGAAGAGGAAUUUCUCGUAUUUCGUGACUUGUCUAGUCAUCCCAAUAUUCCUGAGUUUUUUGGUCUAUUUUUAAAACGCGGCGCCAGCUCUGACGAUGAUCAAAUUUGGUUUGUUAUGGAGCUGUGCACUGGUGGCUCGGUAACAGAUUUGUGUGCUGGCAUGCGCGCUCGCGGCAGUAAUAUAACUGAGCCGCAGCUCGCGUACGUACUGCGAGGGACUGUGCGAGCGCUGACACAUCUUCACGCGCAUCGAUGCAUGCACCGUGACGUCAAAGGACACAACAUUCUUUUGACCGAAGACGCCGAGGUCAAACUAGUCGAUUUUGGUGUCUCAUCACAUUUGGCGGCCACAGCGGCAAGGAGAAACACUUCAGUGGGCACGCCAUAUUGGAUGGCUCCAGAGGUUAUCGCAUGUGAACAACAGCUGGAUGAAUCGUAUGACUGUAGGUGUGAUGUGUGGUCGGUGGGAAUUACGGCCAUUGAGCUGGCCGAAGGUGAACCUCCAUUGUCAGGACUGCAUCCGAUGAGGGCUUUGUUCCAAAUUCCACGUAACCCUCCACCUAGUUUGACCCACCCAGAAAUGUUUUCACCACAACUCACAGACUUCAUCGCAGAUUGUUUGAUAAAAGACAUGAACCAAAGGCCGUUUGCGAGAGAACUUUUGGAACAUCCUCUGCUACUCGCCGUCAGUAGUUUUGAGGACAAGAUCCGUAAGGAGCUCCAAGCAGAGAUUAAACGACAGAGAGCCGAAGGUCGAAGUUGUCGAGCUCCUGAAGCAACAACGAAAAGAGGCAAACUGAAAUCGCAUCGAAAAGCAAAACCGGAAAAAAUGUAUACAGAUGAUUUAGCAACAUUAGAAGUUCUAACUGAAGACGCUAUAGUUGAACAACUGCAAAAAAGAUACAAUCAGAAUCAAAUAUAUACAUACAUCGGAGAUAUUCUGGUUGCUGUAAAUCCUUUUACUGAUGUAGGAAUUUACACGACAAAGACACAGCAAAUAUAUCAAGGCCGGUGUAGAUCAGACAAUCCGCCACAUAUUUACGCGGUGGCGGACGCGGCCCACCAGGCGCUCAUGCACCAGAAACAACACCAAGCCAUUGUUAUAUCAGGGGAAAGCGGCGCCGGCAAAACUGAAUCCGCAAAUCUUUUAUUAAAGCAGCUAGUAUUUUUAUCAAAGACACAAAAUCGCAACCUGGAAGAAAAGAUUCUGCAAGUAAAUCCAAUUAUGGAAUCGUUUGGCAACGCGCGAACAGGGAUAAAUGCAAAUAGUUCUCGUUUUGGAAAAUAUCUAGAUUUGUCAAUGAUGAGAGUGGGGAGGAUAUCAGGAGCUAGGAUAUCCGUAUAUCUUCUAGAACAGUCUAGGGUGGUCCACCAAGCAGUAGGUGAAAGUAAUUUCCACGUCUUCUACUAUCUUUACGACGGACUGGAAAGCGAAGGCCGCUGGAGGAAGUUUUAUCUUGACGAACAAUUGAAGUCGCGACAUCGAUAUUUGCAACCCCUUUCUGUAGUCCACAGAGAGCACAAUGUUCAUCGUUGGCGCCAACUCAAUCAAGCUUUCAAGGUGGUCGGCUUCCAAGAAGAGGAAGUUCAAAUCAUAUAUAAAAUGCUGGCAGCAAUACUCCAUCUCGGGGACAUAGAAUUCGGCGAGACCGCCGGUGAAGAUAACACGGACAAUAAAGCAACUAUAAUCGACACGGCGCCGUUACACAGAGCGUCAUGUUUAUUGGGAGUUGAAACAGGAGAUCUAAGGGAAUGUUUGACUAGUAGUACCGUGGUAGCGAGGGGCGAAACUAUCGCUCGACAUAGCUCGCCUACUGAAGCAGCCGUCGCGAGAGAUGCCACCGCCCGUGGUUUAUACGCCAGAGCGUUUGACAGGAUUGUGGAGAGAAUUAACGCGUUACUAUGUCAAAAUAGACCAAAUGCUCACGAACAACUCUCUAUUGGAAUACUGGACAUUUUCGGAUUCGAGAACUUUAACAAGAACUCGUUCGAACAACUCUGUAUAAACAUCGCUAAUGAGCAAAUUCAAUACUAUUUCAACCAGCACAUAUUUACUUGGGAGCAACAGGAAUAUAUGGCGGAGGGUGUACCGGUAGACCUCAUUGAGUUCUCUGAUAAUAGACCUGUUCUAGAUAUGUUAUUAUCGAGGCCGAUGGGCUUGUUGGCUUUGCUUGAUGAAGAGAGUCGUUUUCCUCGUUCUAACGAUCGGACUUUAAUUGAAAAGUUCCACAACAACGUCAAAAGUAAAUACUACGUCAGACCAAAGUCAGAUGCUAUAUGCUUCGCGAUUCAUCACUUUGCUGGUCGCGUAGUUUACCAAGCUGAUGGGUUUUUAGAGAAGAAUCGCAACUUCUUACCCCCAGAAGUGGUGCAGUUGAUGCGACAAAGCCAAUACGAUAUAAUCAGGUUUUUAUUCCAAUGUCCAAUCACGAAGACAGGGAACCUAUACUCCCCAUUGCAAGGAGAUAUGGAUAGAAGUCUGGAGAGUCCAUCAGAGGAUUCACGGGACCGCUUCAAUAGCCGUGGUUUGGCGUCACAGUCGCGAGCGCAGCAGACAGUAUCCACAUACUUCCGAUAUUCACUGAUGGAACUCCUCCAGAAGAUGGUUAGCGGAACUCCUCAAUUCGUCAGAUGUCUAAAACCCAAUGACUCGAGGUCUCCAAAACACUUCGACUCGGCAAAGAUACUGAAACAACUUCGAUACACUGGAGUACUUGAAACUAUCAGAAUUAGACAAAAUGGAUUCUCUCAUAGAUUGACAUUUGAUGAAUUUUUGAAAAGAUACAGUUUCCUAGCAUUCAGUUACGACGAAGAAGUGAAGCCCAACCGCGAUACAUGUAGGCUCUUGCUAUUGAGGUUAAAAAUGGACGGAUGGGCACUUGGCAAGUCUAAAGUGUUCUUGAAGUACUACCACGUUGAGCGACUUGCGAGAAUAUAUGAAGAGCAGAUCCGAAAGAUAAUUCUGGUGCAAGCAUGCGUGAGGCGGUGGCUCGCUCGCCGCUACUACCAGCGGCUGAAGGCGCAGAUGGCCAUCUCGGUGCUGACGCUGCAGCGGCACGUGCGCGGCUGGCUCACCCGGCGCCGCCUGCAGGAGCGGCAGCGGCAGCUCGCCAGGGAGUUCCAGCGGGAACAGAUGGAGCAAGAUAGUCGAAAACAUCAGAAACCUGGUAUUCCAAAUAAGAAUAAAGCAAUGAUAAAGGCGAAGAUAUUGAGAAGAAUGACGUCACAAGACAGCAUCGAUUCAGGUUCAGGGAACAAAGAAAACGUGGACACCAACAAAGCAGCUGUUGUCAUACAGAGUCAUUUCCGUGGGUAUACGGCCCGACGUAAAUGGGCGAAAGGCCGUGCGCCUCCGCCGCCUGCACACCCUGCGCCGCCUGCGCCUGCGCACCCCCCGGCACGAAUUGAUCCGCAACAAGUAAUGCAGCAGCACUCCGUACAGGAGAGAUGUGCACAGCUUCAGACCUUCGCGGAACAAGUACACAACAAAAACCAAGAAGUGCAUAAGAAUCUGCGUCGUAACAAGCCCGGCAUCAGACUGCAGUCGGUGCAGAGGCCACCUGAUGAAUACAGACAGCCGCCGGGAUUCACCCUCGUGCCCGCUCUCGUCCGGGGGCAACCUUCGCAGCUGGAGCAGGACGCUAGCCGACUAUCCAGUCCAUCGCCAGAGUUUCUCGAAAGUCCCGCUAGACCGUGGGACCAGCCGUUGCUGUUUAAAAAAGACUAUGAGAUCAAACCUUCCAGAUACCACCAGCCCAGUAACGGUCAUGAUUACCAAGAGGAGACGCAUCUACAACACAAUCAGAACUGGCAGAACCUGCCGUGCAGCAGGCAGUGCAGCGGGCUUGUCAGCGGGAUUAACAAUAAUAAAAUAAAUGAGCUCGUGAAGAAAUCCCAGAAGUCCGAGCUGCCUCCCAGACCGGUAUACAAUCAAGCUCAUGAUCCCGAAUCAACUCUUCGGAAGAUACUUCGCAAUUCCCCCGAAAUCCUUGCCACACCUAUGUUCAGUUCAGACGAUGAUUAUACAGAGGGACCAUUCCGAUUCAAACAGUUACUUCGGCCAACAUUGGGUCCAACAGAAAGUCUAAGAAAGAGAAAGGUUCGCAACUCUCCGGGCCAGAGUCCAUGGAUGUCGGACAGUUCGCAGGACAGCACGAGUUCCAAUCAAGCUAUGUAUAAGCGACGACCACAAAUCAGUAUGGGAGUGUAUUACAAUUAAUUGAAGCAUUUAAUUACUAACAAAUGUGUUUUUUCGGAUACGAGAAGGAUGAAAUGUGUCCAAUGAAUUUUGAAUUUAGACUCGUAUAAAGACGAUGUCUCGAAAUUAUAGUGUUCUUAGAAUCUGUUGAAUAUGAAAUAUGCUCUUAACUUUAUUAGUACAUUAAAUGUACUGUAAAAUCAUUUUGCCAAGAUUAGAUACGCUUCCGUUAAAUACCUUAUAAAGAAAUUAUCGUAAAUAUUCCACAAUUAUUAUAUUUAUUUUUUUAUUUUUUUAUACACUAUUUGAUGUUUUUAAAGUAUAAAACUAAAGUGGAAAUUAUUUCUUGCCAUGACAUCACAUUUUCUAGAUAUAUCUUAACUGAAUGGACCCACAUAUGAUUAUGAUAACUGCUAAAAUCUGUUUUAUAAAAUAAUCAUUUGAAUUUAUUGAUUAUUCUCUUCCAAUGAUUCUUUUAAUACUUGCAAGUAGUCUCUUCUUCUAUAAACAAUGAAUAAUUAAAACAAAAAAUUCAACAUUAAUAGUCUCUAUAAGUUGCUACUAGAUCUACUCUACACAUGAAAAUACAACAUUAUUUACUUAAUUUGGUUACGCACCACGGAGUGUUUAUAAUAUGUAUAAUAGAUAGAUCUGUUUCAAAUUGUAGUCUUAAUGUCACUAUUAUAGUAGUUCAUAAUACUAUUACAAAACUCAUAUAAUAGUUGUUCACAAUGGGAAUGGAUUCUGAUCUGAUUAUCACAAUGAGGUUAAACUAUAGUUGGAGUUUACCUUAUCGCGAAAUUUACUUACUGUCCAUUGAAACAAUGACAUCUAAACACAAUCUACUAAUAUAUUAUUGUUAGAAUGCACUUGUACUUACUUUAUCUACAUAUGCAACUCCUUAUUUAUUUUUAAUAGCGUCUACUCUCUACCUUGUCAUUUAAAACUAGGCUUUAUAUCACGGUGUUGAUUGACGAUUGUCUGCAUUAUUCAUGUUAUACUAAUGUAUUCAUUUGUUCCGUAAACAUCUGAAAUGUUAACCAUUCAUAAGUAUUUAGUUUAGGUAUGUAAGUAUAAAUCGCUGCACCCUCCACAUACAUACCUAAAUAAACCACCUAAUCUACAUUUACCAAAGUCUUACACGUAAUAUUAAAAUAAGAUCUUAUCAAUUUAUAAUAAGUAGUGACGAUAUUUGAAUUUCAAUUUUCCAUUGGCAUCAGUAUUAUUACAAAAUUAUAAAGUAGCUCUUAAUAAUACAUAUACUUACUUGUCUAGUUACGAAAUGUAUUGUUUAAAAUAUUUGUAGAAAUAUGGAACACGCCGGGCCAUCGUUGGCGUGACUAUAAUAUAUUAUGUAGAUACCUAUCACGAUAAUAGAUCUCUCCACACAUAAGUUAUUGCCAUCACAGAGAAUUGAAUUAUUUGUGAAUUUAUAAUAUCAUUGAGGGUCUUUGUGAUAAUGUGCCAAUGAUUACGUAUGUAAGUAAACAGUCGUCUGCACGGAUGAUGUUAAAACGUAUGAAAUAAAGUUUAUGCAAUUUA